CGAGCUGUGACCGGGACCAGAACCUUUUGAGUUUCCUGCACCAUGAAGCCUCAGGAGUCCCGAGGAGUCUCACCAACUUCCUGCCCGCGGAAGUCUCGCUUCUCCUUACGAGGCCGUAAGAAGAAGGACAGCGUCGUUCAAGGAAGGCUUCGCAUCCGUUCCAUGCCCGGCGCCUUCCUGGUGCUGGGGGUGGUGGUGGUGGCUGUUGGCACGGCCCUGGCCGUGGCCGGCUACUGGCCCUACAGGUUAUCGGGGUCGUCCAUCCUGGGAGCCUCGGACGAGGAGGGGAUCUCCGAGUCGGAGAUGUCCGGUUGGAGCCUGGGCGCUAGCAAGCUCUUAUCUCCAACCAACGUCCUCCACGGUGAGCGCAUGAAGUUGCUGGGGCCUGUCAUCAUGGGGGUGGGCCUCUUCAUCCUCAUAUGUGCCAACACCGUCCUGUACGAGAACCGGGACAGGGAGACUCAGAUGUUGCUGGCUCAGAUGCGAAACGUCAUCUGCUCCGUAUCGGCGGCGGUUCCUUCGGCAGGACUGAGAGAGAUGGCGGCGUCCAACUCCAUGGCCAGACACUACCAGUGGGUGAGCAGUCUACCUGCUGCCCACGUCAACAUCCUGUGUCUGCACCACAUGGCGACUUCUGAACCAGUACUCCAGACCAGAACCACCACAGAACCCGGGAACAGUGCAGAAGGAAUCUACCAGAAAGCUGUUCUCCACCACCACGAGUCGGAGCCGCCGUCUUCCCUCGACUCACGCAGUGACACUCAGACGGGUGCUGGAGGCGGCGGCAGGCUGGUGGGAGCGACCUCCAUGUCCACGCUGGGGAUGGAGGAGGUGGCCGUCCCAGAGGCCCAGCCGAGGCGCUGCUACAGCAUGAGCUGCAGGACUCACCCUUCCAUCGCCCGAACCCCAGUCCAUCAGGAGGAAGGACUCCGCACUCCUGUUGAGAUGUUUCAGAUAAAUACGCUGGAAAAGACCAGCAGAGAGACCAGUUCUCAGGUCUGCGUGGACAUCCCCACCCAGUGUGCCGAGGAACAAACCCACGGGAGCUGGCCUCAGCUAGACCUGGGUGGGGCGAGACGCUACCUGAAAUUGGAGAACAAAGAGGACUCGGUGGACAGACUGCUGGACCAGCUCGAGCACCAGUGCUCCAACUCGGAUAAGAGUUUUGGCUCCGGGCCUUUCCAGUGAUGGCUACUUGAGCUUCACUGUACACUGGACACUUCUACAUAGAAACGUCUUCAAACUCCAGAUUUUUAGAAGAUCCAGCCCGGGAUAUUCCAAACCUGGCCUUUUUCCUCCGUCUUUGGUGAAAUGUUGAGGGAAUGGCCUUCACUUGGCUCCAUGUGGCUGAUGUUUGAUAUCAUUCAGCGACAGUGCCGUUUCUGGCUUUUUGGCAGGGCCCUUUGUAAGGUUCUGUUGGUAAAACUCUGGUGGGAUGAGUUUCUGAAACUAUAGAGGGUCUGCAUUGAUGUCACUUCCCCACUGGACCACGCCCCCUUACUCACACUGAGUGGCAAAACAUCCGCAAAAACAGCUGCAACUACUGGAGAAGACGGGAUAACAGCCGAUUAUCGGCUUAAAUUAAAGGCAGUUGGACUUGACAGUGACCCGUACAGUUACCCGAAGAACCAGUGGUCCAUGGACAUUAAUAUUUGGCCACGAAUCCAGUUUCCUGAUAUUUAUA